AUGGUUCGUAAUGGUGAUCAGAGUCAUCUAGACAUAUCUGCAGAUAGGUCAGACAAACGAGACUUGAAGCAUAAAGAUGAAGAGAUUCAGGCCAGAAAAGUGGUGGAAGAAUCGAGUCUAGAAUACUAUGAAAGAUCAUCACGUUCGGCCUCGCACUUUGGGAAGGUUUAUAAUGGACUAUAUCCAGUAGGUCCAAGACUGCCAAAUUUCUCUUCAUCAAAUAAAAGGAGUAGGCUCCAGAGCACAUAUAAUGAAGAUGAAUUUAGUUCUAGCUCAGCAACAAGUUCUGUAAUCAAUUCUGAUGAUAAAAUGUAUAUUGAUUUUCCGAUUCGAAAUUUCUGGAAAAUUGCGAAGACCCCCAUAGAUAUGGAAUCUCCACAAAUUGGUUAUUGUCGAGGGUUUUAUUAUAGAUUAUUAGUUCAUCCCCGAGGUGGAAGUUGCAAUGAUUCAGAAAGUAGUUACUUAAGCGUGUUUUUAGAGGCACUUUACCACGAAUCAUACCCUGAUGAUUGGAUUUUUCCAAAUGUCCGAUUCCAGUUAUCAGUUGUCAAUUUUUUGGACCCCAAAGCAAAUAUCACUUCUUGGGCCCACUGGACUUUCUCCCAUGAUGCAAUGAGUAGGGGAUGGCACAAAAUGGUUUCUCAUGUGAGACUCACUAAAGCUGCAGGUUUUGUUGACGAUGAAGGGACCGUAUUAAUUAGAGGUAGAGCUGAACCUCCAUUUCCGAGAAUUUGGUCUAGAUCCCCCAAAUGUAGACCAUGGAGUAUAUGGGGAACUUUACCAUAUAGAAAUGCAUCAGCCUUGGCUCAGUACAAGCCUUGUAUACCAGGAGCCCGCCAAGACCAGAACCAAGGUUCCUCUGACCAGCAUACUGUGACUACUAAUCUCUGUGCUUUCCAUGAGUUGGCAGAAAAUUCUAACAGAGGUCUUCUUUCUUGUAACCCAGAAUCAAUAACACCGGAAACUUGUAGCCUGCCCCAGCAUCAAUUAGAGAGUUCUUUAUUAGUCGGGAGUACUCCUUUAUCAAUUAUGGACAGGCUUUUAUGGUCAAGCAGUAACCUUUUUGUCCCAACUCUGAAAUCCCAACUUAAUGUUGACUUUGUUCCUGCAUUUGUGCAUUUACUUUAUCAUAUUAAAGAGUUCAGGAGAGCAAUAUUCUCUUGGAAUCCUCAAAUUCACAAGAAAUGCACUUCAAUUCAGAAUCCCGAUUCUUUGGAGAAAAGCUCAGGAAGGUCAAAGAGGCCUGAUUCUCCCUAUCCCGCCGCCAAUCUCAUAGAUUCCCAACAACCACAGACAUCUAUUAUUGAAGCUCUCCAGAAAACCUUUGCAUACAUGACCCUCUGGCCAAUAGCUUAUUCUGUCAAAAGGUCUAUCCGACAUAGUUGGCAGGAAAGAAUUGCUACAGACCCAUCUUUAGUAGAUGACUGGUGUUUCUCCAAGUGCUGUAAAUGUGGUGGCGAGUUCGAAUCCUACCCUGUAGGUCAUAACAUGACUGACACGUCACUCCCCACAUCCGGAAAUGACCGCCAAAAUACACCUGAUAAGAACACCCCAACGCAAACUCACAUUUCGGAAGAAAAAGAAUGUUUUAGAUGCAAACUACCUCCAGUUCCAGACUGCUCUUGGAUUAUGAAAGCACUCUACAUGAAUGAUUUACAGAGAAUUGAUGUAACUGAUCCUCUAAUGCGUUUCCAUUGUUUCAUAUUUGGCGCCAUAUACUUGGAGUCUGCGCAUGCAAUUUUACAAAUUGCCGCGCAUCACAGGAAAACCCUUCCUCAAAAUUUCAAAAGCUCUGAGAAGUUUGCCAGUUUAGGCUUAUCCGAAACAAAAGAGGAGGAAUUUUCAAGGUAUGAGGUGUCAGGAAAUGAGCUUGAAGAUUAUAACGAACUUGAGGAAAAAAGUCUAAAAGAACCCAUAGUGAAAGACCAAAACCAAAAUCGGGAUGUUAAUAUCCCAAUUUCCUCUAUAUUUGAUUUGGAAGAGGAUCUCAGGGUACCAACAGAAUUUGACAACACAUGUAGAGUAUUGUUUUCCAGUGUUGCUGAGGAUGGAGGAGACUGCUUCUCGGAUUACUCCACCUGUUGCUUAAGGGCAAAACAUAUCCAUUCAAUUCCAAAGGCCAUAGAACACUAUGCCCAUCGAUUCAAGAGAUUCCCUGAGACUCUCUUUAUCUAUUUCACUCCUCCAAAAAAUGCCAAGAAGGGAGAACUAUUUGAUGUUCCUUUUAGGUUAGAGGCCUCAUUUUUGCUCGAGAAUUCCAGUGUAAAUAUCAAUACAGGUAUCGGGGUGGUUAGCCAGGACUUUAAAAACACAAAGCCCGCCUCUAAUGGUCAUAACUACACUCAACAAGAGGAUAUGCAACCCCAGAUAAGUGACCAAUUCCAAGAUGAGGAUGGCAUAGAAGAGAAUGCUUCGGAUUUGAAAAGUAAGGUUAGGAGUAGCAAAGGAACUGGAGCUGCUGACUUAGUCCAAAACGAAAAGGGUAUUGUCUUGGAUAAUAGCUCGGCAUUAUGUAUUGAAUCCAAUGAUGAGUAUUCCUUAGAGUACGUCUCAGAGGACGGAUUUGAUGAAAACCAAGACGCUUCUAUUCAGUCUGAUAGCCAGGAUGAUACCUCUGGACGAAAAAGUGAUACAAAGUCUCCCGACUCAGAGAAUUUCUUUGGAUCUUCCAGUCAAUAUAUGGAGAAGUGGUAUUCACUAUAUGGAGUAGUUAUUAGGGAGGGAGACGCUUCUGGAGGCAGUUCUACAAGAAGUGUUCAUCAGCUUUUAAUCAGACCAGAAGAAGAUGGUCCCUGGUUUAGGAUUUGUGAUGGUCUAGUUGAGAGACUUGUCCCAAAGAUUGAAUUUACAGAGUGGAAGUGUCAUGGAGGCUUCUUUUGUGCUGCAGCUGUCUAUAUUGCUGAAGAUUACAUUGACUCAAUAGCUGCAGGAGACGUAAUGGCUGACUGUGAUAUAAAGACUAUUAAUCCAAAACUUUACCAAGAAACUUUGGAUCUAUUAGAAGUUUCUGAAGAAGAGCUUCAGUACAUCCCCUCCUGGGUUUCCACUCAAGUUAAUACUUAUGGGCCAAACAACGUACAUCUUGAGAUACCCUCUUCUGAUGUUGACCACCUUGCAAUGUGUGUGGAUAUUGCAAACGUUACCGUUUGUGAUUCCACUACAUGUGUUUUUGGACAUCCUCUAAUGGAUGCAGGGCUUUCCAUUGAUCCUUACUCUCUAUGGAUGUUGGUUGAUUAUCGUUGGGGUUGGCCUUUAGUAAAUAGCUUCUUCCAACUCCAAGAACCCUUAAUCCAAGCCUUUUCAGCAGAUCCGUCUUUAAUUCUUUCUGGUAGGACUAUUCUUAUACCCUCAGCUAAUCAGCUUCUUAAUUCACUAUCCUUUGGAUCAUUAAGAGAUUCCAUUCCCAAGUUUUGGAACAUGUUAUUGGAUAUCAUGUUGGGGCCUGACAUGGACUCUAAUGAUCUUAAUUCCAUUCUUCAGGUAGUUCCUCACCUCAGAUCUCUUUCUGCUAACAUAUUUCUUGAGAUCUACAGACUUUUGGUUGAGUUUGGGAUCUCUGAAGAAUCUCAAGAUCUAUUGUUUUCCCAGUCCGAGCUUUACUCUGCUAUGGAAUUAGAUAUAAACUCUAAUUCCAAUUCUAAUUCUAACUCUAACUCUAACUCUAACUCCAACUCCUUUCAAAAUGUUAAUGAUUAUUCAGAUCAAGAGAAACAUGAUAAAGGAUGUCUUAAAGAGUAUCUAAAAAAUAACAUUUCAAUAGGAGACAAACUGGUACCUUAUAAUAGAAUCAAGAGAAUUAUUUAUCCAUCCAUUCCAUCUAAUCCAUCCAGCUUCCAACAAACCCAAGAUCAAAUCACUCCAUCUUAUAAUAUUGCUCUGACUUUCAUUAAUAGGCUUCAUAUUCAACUCUGGCCUCAUCUAAUUCAUUUUAUCUAUGAACUUCUCCCAGUUGCUAUCACUAUCAGACUUAAAAGGCUACUCUUCAAAAGUAGUGAUGAUCUCUUAUUUGAUCCCAGACUUACUCCUGAGGAUCUCUGUGCCAGGUUUCUCACAGAAUCUAAAUUCUUAUUAGAAUCCAGUUGUUGUCCACUCAAUCUAAUUAGAUUCUGUGACAAUAAGCAGCUUUUGAAUGCUGCAAUUAACCAAGUAGCAGGAGCUUUGGAUAUACAUGGGUCUCCAACUACAACAGUUUCAUGCUCUCUUUCUUGUCCUACAAAUAGAAUGGUUGACAGGUUUGCUUCAGAACUUGGAAGUUCUAACUUUGUGGUUCCUAUUCUUGUAUACAUUACCCAAAUACUACUUUCUGGAGCUUUAUAUAAAGUAUCCUCAAAGUUACUUCCACCUGGAGCUAUAGCUGCCUGGCCUACAAAUUCCUCCAAUCAAGAAUCCUCAUCCUCAACAGGUUUGGGAGGACCUUUUGCUCCCAAAGAUGCCACGCCUUUAAAGAAUAUAACAGGUUCUAAGAAAAAGAAUUCUUCGAACAAGUCUGCUUCUGGAACUACCAGCUCCAAUGGGUUGAUUGUUCCAAAUCCUCUUGCAGAAGCAAUUCAGCAUCUCCAAGUCAACCAAGUAUCAUUUAGUCACAUUGAUCCCUACGUCUUUGUUCCUCUUCACACAUUUCACGCUGUAUCAACUCCUUUAUUAAUAAACAUCAUCUUCGAACAAGACCUCAUUGGCAGGAAGUCUUUUGCAUCAGAGAGUUUCUUAUGUGCUUCCAGGGUUCUACAUGUCAACAGACUUGCCACUGUUAGACACCUAUAUUCAGCAAUGCGAAAAGUCCUUUAUCAACAGUUUCUAGAUACCAAGAUUUCUAACAAUUUAGAUACACCGGAUAUUACACCAUUAGAUACCCCUCAGUCAAAGAAUAAUAGUGAUCACAAUAUUGGAGCAAGACACCAGUCUUCCAGUCAGAUUCAGAGCAAUAAGAAGAACACAACAGUACAUAUUCCGGUACCUCUUGAAUGUGAAGGUUCAGAUUCAAGUUGGAUGCCAAAUAAUCCUUUGGAUGUGUUCUGUCUUUACUCUUUAAGGCCAGAUACUGAUCCAACAAGAAGAGGAAGACUCAAGUAUACUUAUAUGCAACCAAACGACUUCUUGGAGAAUCAUUACUAUGGGCCUCACAAGUCUAAUUAUGUGACUUAUUGUGAUGUUGCAAUUCUAAUUUGUGUACCUCCAGAAUUGAAGCUCCAGAUACCUGUUGGAUCUCAAAAUUCUGAACAUACAGCCAAAACUCCUUCCCAAACUAAUACAGGAGGAGAUUUAGAUUCAGAUUGUGGUUGUUUGUACACUUGUCCAAGCCAUAUAGCUCACUCACCAAUAUGUCAAAGCUCGAGGAUGAUAGAAAAGACUAUUCCAAAGAUUGUCUCUCCCCUAUUCAAGGCCAAACUUAUAGAUCCCUUAUGGUCAAGUACCAAGUUUCCAAUGAAUGAUGACUCAGUUGCUCCUCUUUUAAUAUUUAAAUGGUUUGACCAAAGUACAUUAGAUAUCACUUUAUUAAGUGCUUCUAUAUGUGAAGCAAGGAAAUCUCUCAGGGACUGUAUUGUCUCCUGGGUCUUUCCAAGAGCCAGAAAGAUGGGACUAAUGCCUCAAAAUUCAUCUAAAGAGACUCCAAAUGCAGAUGAUUAUACGGUUUUGGAGGAAUGCCAUAUAAGAGUAUGUCAAAAUGUGAGGAGAUGGACUUCAUCAAUUAAAAAGAUCAACAGAACUACAGGAGAUGUAUUCAUUGUUCAGAGAAGAUCUAAUAAUUUGGGAUCAUCUCAACCUCUGAUUUCUGAUUGUCCUUUCAUUUCACCUUUUAUCUCUGCAGCCUUAUCAUCUAAUUCAUAUUCAAGUAUUGUGGAUGACUUUCCACCUUCUCUUUCAAAAGAUGAGUUACUGGCCAUUAUUACCAGUAUGAACACUAAAAGAAUUAACCAGCUUGGGAUCUUUAACACCCCAAUCAAGGGUGUAUCGGGAAACAAUUCUCCGAGCAUUUUGGAACUAAAGAAGAAUGGCUUAGAUAGGACUUGGCCAAUUUCUCCAUCACCUUUGGGAGAUUCUAAGUUGGCUUUUUCUCCAUUUUUUGAUGUUCUUAAGCAUGGAGAUGACUCAGGAGAUUUCUUGACUUCACAGAUAGAGGAUCUUGACAUUCAAUCUUAUCAAAACAAUAGUUGUAAGGUUUCUAUGGAAGAGAUCUCAGUAAUGAGAUCCGGUACCGAUCAAGUAAAUUCAUUGAAUCAAUCAGAAAAAGGCACUGGUUCAAUCACAGGAAUGAAUAAUGAAACCAAUUCUACUGAUUUGAAAUCAACAACAGGAGUAUCAGCUUUAAAUACAAAUUCUGCUCAAAAUGAUUCAUUAGUGAUUUCGAAUAAUACUAUCAUAACAGGAGCAGGAGGAGGGUCUAAAAAAAAGAAAAAAGCCUCCAAGAAACUUCCUGGAAUUCCCUCACUACAAAAGUCAAGUAUUGUAAAGGCUUUAAAUGCUCAGAGAAGGCUAGAAUCUCAGUCUACAAAACUAAUGGAGAAUGAUACAGCUGAUUUAUCUGAAGUGAGAGGGAGAGAUCAAGAUCUAGAUCAAGAUCAAGAUCAACAGAGUUACCAUGAUCACGAAGAGGAGUCCAAACAGGACAAAGUGAUUUUAAAACAUAAGCAAGAUGAUAAGGAUAGAGAAAUAGAAAAAAGUGGUAAUAACAUGAGAAUUACACAGGAGGGAGUUCCCAACAAAGAUAUGAACUCUCUAGAGUCAUUAGAUAAGGUUGAAAUGCCUAUUAAACCAGAUUCUUCUUCUUUAUCCACCUCAGUUAGACCAGAAAAGCUCCAGAAAGUCCCUGAUGAGCUCUUUGAAAUUGCUCUUGCAAGCCUUUCUGGAGAAUCAUUUAGUAUUUUCAGUUUAAUAAGCCGUCUGUUGGAGCGUGUAAUUCAAAAGUUUUCUGAGAUUUCCAAUAGGGACUCUUCUUCACCUUCUGGAGCAUUUUCUGAGCAUAGCAAUAAAUCAGAGUUUUUAAUUUGGAUGAAUGGACUUAAUGACCUUAUCAUGAACUUGUCUCUGAUUGGAGGGAGCAAGAAGGUUGACCAAACUCUGGUGCAAAGGGAGAUUCUCCAGCUUCUAAGAAGACUUCUUUCAAGUGAACCAAACUCCCAACAGCUUUCUAGUAUAGUCUCUGAGAGCUUUUCUUCCAUCAUUAAGUUAUUAGAAGAUGGAAACCUUGAAGCUUCCUUUAAAUUAAUAGUUUCCAACAUUCCUUUAAAUGGAUCAGACUUUGGAAUUGGAUCAGAACUAGCAUCUGGAUAUGCAUCAGGUUCAAGAUCUAGUAAGGCAGGAUCAUCUAAUAGUUAUUAUAUGAAUUUGUACAGAAUACUAGUACCAACUCAACAAAGAUUAUCUAUUUUAUUCACAGUACUACUAAUGAAAAGUUUAUCUAUAUUGUCUCCAAGUUCAGUAAUAGAGAUGCAUUUAGGACUGCUUCCAAAGACUGAUUAUGUAAGAUCCAACUCUUUAAUUAAAUCAACAGGGUAUAAAUCAGUUAAAUCUUUUGUGUUAUUGGCAUACUUUCUAAGUAUUUUUGGGGUUAAAGAUGCAAUGGAUACUAUAGUAUCUAUACAAGGUGUAAAGGGGUUUGAGAAUUUACUUAUUAGAAUGGCAUCUUAUACUAUAGGUUUGAGACAAUAUGCAACAAGUAACUUUAUUAAUGAGAAUAUUGAGAGGCUUCGUGAUCCAUCUUUGGAUUGGAUAUUAUCUCUUAGGAUCACAGAUAAGCUAGCAAUAAGUGAGGAGAUUCUUAAGAAGAUCUUAGUUUCUAUUUGUGAUCAUUUUUCUACUAAGAGUAACUCUGCUUUUGCUCAGAGUAAGAAGACUUUGGACUUAAUCCAAAACGUUGAGGGGAUUGUCAAAUUUUCAGAUAUUGAUGACUUUGAUUAUGAAGAGGCUCAGCUUUUAGAGAUGAGAAUGGUUGGAAAAGAUGCUCCUAAAAUUUUGGUUGACAAUAAUGACUUGUGUAUCCUAAUCAAACCUCCUUUUUGGUACUGCUCAGUUGAAAAAACAAGAGAUGAAGAAGAGGAGGACGACGAGGAGGACGACGAGGAGGAGGACGACGAGGAUGAGGAUGAGGAGGAUGAGGAGGAUGAGGAUGAGAGGGAGGAGGUAAAAGAUGAAGAGGAAGGAAAAAGAAAAUUCAGACACAAGUUUGGUAUAAAAAACCAAGAUAAAGGAGGGAAAGUAGACAAUAGGGAUAAAACCGAGCAAGAGGAUGAGAUGAAGAAUAAAGUGACGGCUAUGAAGAAAGAUGAUUCUGAGAACGAAAUUUGUAAAGAGGAAUGUAAAGAGAAGAAUAUCAGAGAUAGCACUGACAUAAUAUAUGAAGAGAUCUUGAACAGUGGAAAGAUGGAAAGCAUUUUGAGCUUCUUGAAACUACGAUGUAAAAGAAUUAGAUCUGUUAAUGGGAUGAUAAGAUUUGGAUUAAAGCUUGGAGUAGAGAUUGGAGGCCCUAUACUGGUGGUAAAGAAUGAGGAGUUACAGGAAUAUUAUAAUAAGAUUGAGAUCUUAAACCGGAUCCAAUGUCAGUACAUCUUUUUAUGCCACGGACAGAUCCAAAAUACUUCAGAUGGGAAUGUUUCCUUAUCAAAUAUUGUCUCUAAUGCUUCAAAUAGGAUAUUUUCAAAGUGCAUUUCACCAGAUGGAGGGGAUUCAAUAGCUAAAUAUAAGGUUUGUGAGCAUAUAAAGUUUAAGAACUACAAUAAAGGAUCUCCAUCUACAUUUUCUUUAUGUACUUGUACCUCAAAACCAGGUAACAUUAAUAAGAUUAGAUCUUAUAUGCAUCAAAUUGGUCAUACUAUAGUUGGAGAUUCUAAGUAUCUUGGUCAGAAGCAACUUAGCUUGGAUAGAAGAUACUUCCCUAGUAUAUUCUUUUACUGUACCCAUUUGGAGAUCCCUGUUAUGCAGAACAAUAUGGAGCAAAACAGGGAAUACGGAAAGGAAGAAGAUCAUCAAACUAAAGAGGAAAGUAAAAAGUGUGAAAGUGAAGAUAAUUUUCCGAUACAAAACGGGGAUCUAAGCAAGAAAGGAGGGGAAGAGGGAAGAGGAGGAGGAGAGGGAGGAGAAAGAGAGGGAGGAGAAAGAGAGGGAAGAGGAGGAGGAGAGGGAGGAAUAAGAAAAGGAAGAGAAGAAGAAAAGAUGAGUAAUAAUAUCUCGGACUGCCAUGCAAUUAUCGGAAAGGAAAACAUCAAGGUUCUUGCUCCAGUUUCAAGAGAUAUUAUGGAACUUCUUGAAAAUGACUUUGAGAUCACAGAGAAGUUCUCUGAUAUGUAUUUUUGCCCUUUCUACAGGACCAAUGUCGGACUCGAAAAAUUGGAUAGAACUGGAAAAAGCCUCCAAGUCCUUUCUUCUGAUGCUGAUAUAGAGACCAGAAUUGAAGAUGUGAAGGUUUCUAGUGAAACCAAAACUACAAAUAUUCCGUUUGAAGACAAUAGUAGAUCCGGUACCGUUAAUAAUAAUGAUAUUAAUAAUGAUAAUAAUAUGAGAAAAAACUACAGAAUUUCAGAUAUAAGGGAUUUAGAGCCUCAAACAAUUUCAAAUACCCUGAUAGCAUCCCUUCCUGGUCUUGGAUUUGGACUUACUCCAUUUCUGGGGAUGCCUAACUCUCAGUAUGCUGCAAGUGUUACCUGCUCUCAGAACGAGAAACCUUUGGAGCUUAAGCAGGGACAAGGAUCAUUAUCAGCCUCUUUGCGUCCUGCUGGGCCGGAUUCUGCUCCAGUAAUAUCCCCAGUUCCAGUUGCAGUUCCAAUUUCAGCUCCAGUUUCAGUUCCUACUACAACAUCAGCUCCAACAUCAGUUUCGACCUCAACUUUAAACUCGGUACCUUUAAAUCCCAAGACAGGUUUUACCUCACUUGGGUUUGGGAGAAAUUUUUUGACUUCCUCCUUUGAUAAUACAGGGAGUAUUGGUGGAGUCGGGGGAAUUGGGGGAAUUGGUGGAGUUGGGGGAAUUGGGGGAAUUGGGGGAGUUGGGAGUAUUGGAAAUAUUGGAAAUAACAUAAAUAACAAUAACAACCUAAGACACUUUGUAUCCCAACAAAACCCCUCUGGAGGUGGUAAUUCCCUGCAAAUUAAGACUCACCCAAACUUGGUUUCUUGUCUUUCAGAGCUAAAUACUAAGUCUGAAGGAUCUGUACUAGGUACUGGUCAGGUAACUGGAACAAACACGGGUAACUUGGGGCCCGGAGGAGGAAGUGUAUUUCAACAACAAAACUUUGUACCUGGAGUAGGAGAUAUUUCAAUUAGUAACAAUUUGAAACAUCCAGGAAUUUCGUCAUCAUCGUCUUCAUCAUCAUCGAUUCUUCAGCCACAUAACUCAGUUGGUGUUGGAAGCAGUGGAAGGUAUGGAAAUUCGUCAGUUAGUAGUGGUAUCGGGAAUAUAGGUAUCGGUAUAGGUGGAGCAAUAGGAGGCAAUAAUAUGGUCCAGAUACAACAACAAAGUUCAGGAGUUAAACAAGGAUGGAACAUUCAAAAUCUUCUUCAAAACACAAGAUGGUUGUCAUCUGAAGGUAAUAACGAUGGCUUUGGAGGAGUUAGCGGAGUGAAUAGAAUUGGUGGAGGAGGAGGAUUAAUCUUUGAUGAAACGAACAUAAAUCAGUGGAAUAACGGAGUUGGGGGGAACUUCAGAGGUGUAAACUCCAGAGGAAUGAACAAUAUUGGAGGAUUAAACUUAUCAACAGUGAAUUCGGUUACAGGAGUGGGAAGUUUGGGCGGAGGAGGUACAGGUGGAACUGGAAGAUCAGGCUUAUGGGGACAAAAUACACAUAAUGCACAACAACAACCUUCCAUUAUUGUUGAUCCUCCGUCUCAAGGAAAACACUCAUCACAACCACCACUAGGAGGAAUUCCUAGUUUGGUGUCAAAUUUUCAUGGAAAGAAUGUGCAAGACGGAAUAAAUUCUCAGAGAGUUGACAAUUUCUCACAUGAAAGAGAACCGGAACAUUUGGAAACUAGGCAAACAAAGAAAUCCCCAUUUUAA